AAGCGAGCUCUGUGCCCGCUUUUUCUUAUUCUGUGUUGAAUAUUGACUGUCGCAAUGGUAGAGGAAAAGAAAGGACAAGUUGCCAAGAAGGGCGCUAAGAAAGUCGUGAAGAGGGCGCCAGCGAAAAGCGGCAAGAAGAGGAGAAGGUCCAGGAAAGAAAGUUACUCUAUCUACAUCUACAAAGUGAUGAAGCAGGUUCACCCCGACACCGGCAUCUCCUCCAAGGCCAUGAGCAUCAUGAACUCAUUCGUCAACGAUAUUUUCGAGCGCAUCGCGGGGGAGGCUUCCCGCCUGGCCCAUUACAACAAGCGCAGCACUAUCAGCUCCCGGGAGAUCCAGACCGCCGUGCGGCUGCUGCUGCCCGGGGAGCUGGCAAAGCACGCCGUGUCGGAGGGUACAAAGGCGGUGACCAAGUACACCAGCUCCAAAUCUCCUCGCGGGUUGCUGAAGCUUUUUGCUGUCGGGGAGAUACUUUGAAAAUGAGCCGAGAUAAAACCAGAACAGCUGCUGGACUGACAUAGUAAAUGUGGAGCUUUUGCUGAACUCUGAUCGAGUACAAUAAGGGAGGGCCGCUUUUAAAUAUUCUCGAAAAACGGUGUCCGCAAUUAAGGCGCUCACCUGGAAGAACGUUAUCAAAUGUUUUAUCAACUUAUCGGGUGUUUUUGAAAUGCGAAAUAAAUUAGUUACAGAGUGCA